AUGGAGCUGCCGCCGCACUUCACCGACAUCGGCGACGGCGCUCAACGCUACGCGGGCAAGGUGUGCCGGCUGCUCAAGCCGCUCUACGGUCUCAAGCAAGCUGGCCGUGCAUGGGCCAAGAAGCUGCACACCUUCCUCAAGACCAACGGAUGGGCGCAAAGCAACGUCGACGCUUGCCUCUUCACCAAGCUCCACGACGACGGACAGCGCACAUGGAUCAUCACGUACGUCGACGACCUCAUCAUCAGCGGCAGCAGCGAGCGCCACAUCCGUGCCUGCAAGCAGCAGAUCAAGGAGAGCUUCGAGGCUGAGGACCUGGGCCCGCUCACCUGGUACCUGGGCCUUCACCUGACGUCACCAGCUGACGGGGUGUUGCACAUUGCGCAGACACAGGCCAUCAACGACAUCAUCAACGACUACAACCUGGCAGCGGCAGCCAGCGUGUCCACGCCCAUGCGUGUUGGCAUCGACGCCUCCAGCAUCAGCGAGCAGCCCGACCGACGCCUGCCUUUCCGCAACCUCGUCGGCUCGCUCCUGUACCUGGCCAACCGCACGAGACCAGACGUCAGCUUCGCGUGCGGGCUGCUCUGCCGUUACAUGGACCGUUACACGACGGUCCACUGGCAGGCAGCCAAGCACGUCCUGCUCUACGCAGACAUCGCCGGUCCGCUGGAGGAGACGUCGCUGCGAGGUGCACGCUACGCGCUGACCUUCAUCGACGACUGCACGCGCUUUGCCUGGACGUUCCUCAUCCGGCACAAAAACGACGUCGGUGCGGCCCUGGAGCAGCUGCGCAAGGACCGUCACGUCGUCAACGCGCUCCGAGGCGCCACGCUGCAGACGGACAGCGACGCCGUCUUCAAGAGCCAGGACUUCACCGACCUGUGCCUGGCCUUCGACAUCAAGCAGCGCUUCUCGCCACCGCACUCGCAGGCCAAGAACGGAUCCGCGGAGCGCAGCUUCCGCACCCUCUUCGAGACGGCGCGUACGAUGCUGUUUGCUGCGGACCUGGACAAGCCGUUCUGGGGCUUCGCCGUGCAGCACGCCACGCUGCUGCACAACAUCGCGCCACGCAGGAGCCUCAAGGACAAGUCACCGUUCGAGGCCCUGACUGGGCACGCCUUUGACGUCAGCCUGCUGCGCGUCUUCGGCUCGCCGGCCUACGUGCAUGUGGAGAAGAGCAGCACGCGGCACAAGCUUGACCCACGCUCACGCGUUGGCGUCUACGUCGGCUUCGCCGAGGAGGACCAGGCCCACGUCGUCUGGAUGCCGGACACGCGACGCGUUGUCCACACCAUCCACGCUCGCUUCGGCGCCAUCAAGAACAAGCAUGCCGCCUCCUCUCAGCAGCAGCAAGAGCAGGACAACAGCGGAGCCUCUGCUUCGCAUGCCAACAAGAUCGCUCAGCGUUCAACCGAGGACAGUGCCACUGGCGCUCCCACUGCACCACGUGCGGGGGAGCCGCAGCUCCAGCCACGCGCCCUUGGCGGCUCCGUCUGGGACCAGCUUCUGGUGUCCGAGACCCUCGGCGACAAGGACACCUCUGGUGGCUCAACCACCACGUGUCACGUUGCCACCAGCGCUGCUGGUACGGGGGAGAAGAUAUCAGCAGUGGGUGGUCAUCUACCAGACAUCGCUGCUGGCAGUGUUGCCACGUCAGCUGAGCCAGCCACCGUCAAGGAGGCGCUUGCCUCGCCAGACUCUGAGGAGUGGCGCCAAGCCAUUCUGGACGAGUUUGCGGCAAUGCAGGCCAAUGACGUCUAUGACGUCGUGCCUCGCGCUGACCUUCCCAAGGGCCACAAGCUGCUCCGCAGCAUGGUUAUCUUUCGGAGGAAGCGCGAUGACCAGGGCAAGGUGAUCAAGUACAAGGCGCGCUGGGUUGCCAAAGGCUACUCCCAGGUCCACGGUGUCAACUACACGGACACCUUUGCCCCGACGGCUACCAUCGCAGCCAUCCGCACCAUGCUCGCCAUGGCCGUCGCGCGUGGCAUGGACAUCCAGCAGAUGGACGUCAACACGGCGUUCCUCAACGCGCCCGUGGAUCACGAGAUCUACGUCCAGCCACCGGCCGUCGACGGCAUCUUCUCGCCGAAUACGGUGCUGCGCCUCAAGCGUGGGCUGUAUGGGCUGAAGCAGAGCCCGCGCCUGUGGAACCACACGCUGGACACCUGGAUGCGCGAGCAGGACUUCGUCGCCACAGCCACGGACGCCUGCAUCUACCGCCGCACCUGCAAGGGUGGCAAGAUGAUGUGGGUUGCCGUCUACGUGGACGACCUGCUCAUCUUCGCCGACAGCGACAGCGACAUGGCCGCGUUCAAGAAGGCCAUCUCCAAGCGCUUCAAGAUGAAGGACCUGGGCAGCCCAGACAUAUGUCUCGGCAUCAAGGUGCAACACGACCGUAAGGCCAGGACCGUCACCAUGAGCCAGGAGCACUACCUGCGCAACGUGCUGGAGACCUUCGGCAUGGCUGACUGCAAGCCUGUCGGCACGCCGCUCUGCACGGGCUACGUCGACAAGCCAGCCGACAAGGAGGAGCCACUCCCGGACGUGCCGUUCCGCGAGCUACUUGGCUCCCUCCUCUAUGCUGCGACGAUGACGCGCCCAGACAUCUCGGCAGCUGUCUCCAUCCUGUCUCGCCGUAUGCAGCACUUCGGCAUGGACCACUGGAAGGCUGCCAAGCACCUUCUUCGCUACAUCAAGGGCACCUUGUCCUACACCAUCAAGUACGCCGCCACUGGCGACGCCAGCAACGGCAGCACUGCCGACGGCGUGCUCUCAGCGUACUCGGAUGCGUCCUUUGCCUCCGACGUUGACACGCGACGUUCCCGCACGGGCUUCGUCGUCUUCUGUUCCACGGGCCCCGUGUCCUGGAACUCCAAGCUGCAGGCCACCGUAGCCACAGCCUCCGCCGACGCGGAGUACAUGGCUCUCGCAGCCACCGCACAGGAGCUCAUGUUCCUUCGCCAACUCCAGGAGGAGCUCACUGGCGCCGUCCUGUGCGAGCCCACGCUCGUCCACACGGACAACCAGCCGGCGCAGCGCGUUGCCGAACACGCCGCCUCGCGCAUGCGGCACAUCCUCGUCAAGUACCACUACAUCCGCGAGUGCGUCGACACCAAGAGGAUUGUGCUGAGCUACCUCGCCACGGAGCACAUGAUCGCAGAUCUCCUCACGAAGAUCCUCCCUCGGCCCAAGACGGCUCAGUUCUGCACGAUGCUGUUCGACCAGCGUCCUCUGCCAGGCUGCCAGCCACGGGCCCGUCCUCAUUCGGGCCGGUCGCCACGUCCUUCGACUCCGCGUCAGGACCUCUGAGUGGCCGCGCACCACAGGACACGCCUUCACUCGGGCCAGCCUUCCACAACAGGCUGCGCACCACAGGCACCA